AUGGUAGCUACGCGAUAGAGUGCUGGCCUUCGAGCUGUAUCGGCCAAGACCGCAAAUUUGUUGCCGGAGCGCAAUCUUUGCGGCAAGAAAUGUUUUCCCCGGAUGCUGCCCUCACUGUUGUCAAAGCGGAGAUCGUGGCGGCGGCUCCGUCACCACUUCUGAGUGUGAAGACCGCAGAAAAGAAUGUUGAGGACGAUGCUUUUAGUAAGGUCGCUUCCUUCGUUAGGAACGCUUACACGUGGCUGAGGCAGGGCCUCGAAGCGGAGGGAGACUGGAUGUUUUCCCUCGCUGCAGGUAGCGGCUUUGUGAUCGGAAGAUCCUUCAAAGUCCAGUGCGUUAUUUUCUUGGUUCUUGUCACACUUGUAACCAUCGUGUCCGUUGUCCUUGUCGUUGUGGUUCAUCUCUUUUCGAGGCAAUCCACGUUGCCGCAGCUGCAGGGUGCGAAACAAGUUGUCGCACCCCUAUUGCAUGUUGCACCGAGAAGUCGAUUCCAGUUGGCACCAAUGGUAGUGAGGAUUGCAGCAACGCUCUGGUUAGUGAUCGGCCAUGUUGUUCUGUGCGUCCGGUGGGACUUCUCGCACGGUGAUUUGCUGCGGGCAGGCGUGUACCGAGACGGCAUCGGAGGGUCGUGGAAGCGGGUAGGCAGCCGAGUACUUUGGUUUUUCCUGGUUAGCUCCGAAGAGGUGGACUGUUCCAAUCUCAUUUUUGCGUUGCUCGCAGGCUACGUUCACGCAUCUACUAGCACUUGCAGGAGUUCAUCGUUGAGAAGUAGCGGUAAUGAGGAAUGCGGGAAUUGUUCUCGAUCCGCGGUUCAGUCCUCGUUGUGCAGACAGAUCUGCACAACUUUCAUGCAGUGCACGGUGCGGCCAAUUGUGAAGACAUGGACAGUGCUGGCACUGUACCAGUUCCUCAUCGCCUUCUUCAUCUUUGCGCUUUUCGAUCCGCACAUUACAAGCGUUGGGUCACUUGAGACCGACAAUAAAAUACGAGCACGCAGUUUCUAUAAUACGAAAAUAUUCGGAGCAACACAGCGUGUCCGCGACGUGCCCUCUGACCGCAUUGUGCCUCUUUCAAAACUCUCCGAAAUCGAUGUGCUGGUGGAUACUUCUUCCCUCCUGUUACGACCAUUCAUUGAUGGAGCAGGAUCAAUGCAGCAAUCGCUUAUCGAAAACGCUGAGUUCUUGUACCAAUCCAUAAGUGACAGACUGCCUGAAGGGUAUGGCUCGUUGUUGGGCGACCAGUUUUUCUCUCUUUUGAACGGUUUCGUUGUGAUCCUGUUCGACGCUGUGCUUUUGCGGAACUCGGAGUGGCUGAAUAUAACGCGAACGCUAUUGGCCGUUGCCGCACUGUGCGCUUUGCACACUUUUGUCGAGGAGCUAAUUGUGCAAACUGCAAUGCAUGUUGGUCCUCUCCCAGCUGCCUUUCCACCGUCGAUUCCGUUGUUUGGGAACAAAAAUGGUCUUGCAAAAUCAGUGCCCCUUACUCUGCGUCGGUGUCUUAACGCCGUACUGCUUGCGGUCGUUCUCUCGGAGGACUUUCUAGGUGGCGGCGCGCGUUUGGCAAUGGAGAAUCAAGUUAUCGAUAAGUCCGUUCCUUUCCAGAGCUGCUACAUCGCUAUGUUGCCGGGUUACAUUAAGGCUACCGCUGGAGCAUUCUCAACGCCAUCCUUGGGCUCUUUUUCAAGGGGAAAAAGGGCUCAGGGAUGGGCUCAAGGAUGCGACGUGGUAGCUCUAAUUACAUCGUUUUUGUGAUGCGGCGUUGUGUGCUCGCGUGGUCGCAAGAACAAGUGCCGGGAAAUGAACAGCCACAACGAUCGUUGAUGAAGAACGAUCCUUCAUCAACAAAGACGAGCAGCGCUCCUAAUAGAGCAUGCGUUACCGUACCGCCAACAAGCGCUGCCGCUGCAUUCGCAAAUCAUAUUACUUGUCAAAUCCAAUCUUCUCGCGAUAUUGCUGCAAAAAGGGCAUCAGGUUCUUCAACUGCUGCUGCUGCUGCUCCUCCUCCUCCUUCUCCUCCUCCUCCUGUAGGUCGCCAGGCAGGACUCGCAGCAUUUUUCACUGUGGCGCUGCUGACCGGUUGCGAUUCUGUCCGCAAGUACUACACCAUCCAAAUGGCUGUCCUGUUUUCCGCGCUAAUGAUGCUGCUGGAAGCGUUCUUGUCGCUGCUUUUCUAUUUCUUCUCUCGGCAAAAUCACAACAACUCCUUGAGCUGCAAUUUGCAGCAGGUCGCAAACAAGCUGGAUCGGCUGAGCGCGGGUGUCAACUUCCUGCAUCUAGAUGUAGUGCUUGCGUUUGUACAGGUACAUGUCAUCCAGCACGUCCCGCUGCCGUUCGCAUCGCCAAUGCUCGCGGGGUAUUCAGCGGUCCUAUAUUUUUUGUCGCUGACGCUCUCUGCCGCUGUCUCCCUCUAUCUGCAGGAGCCAAUGCUGGCGGUGGUGGAGCGUCAUUGCCGAAGCGGAUCUUCAACGAAUUAAGAGAUUUCCCAAGACUCUGAAUCCUUGAAGAUCUUCUUCUACCCUUGUCGUAGGUAUAAUUGAAAUUCAACAUUCGAGUCGCAUCUUUGUACUAAGAAAGUAAUUAAGCUAUUCCCAUACCGUUUCUACGCAACAUUGAUAGAUAACUUGUUUCUUCUUUUUUCCAUGAUGUGUAUGUAAACGCCUAAGCAAUGAGCCAGUUUCGCAUUUCAACCCUUAUUGUUCUUUGUCGUGUUCUAUGGUUAACAUCAAUGAACCCGUUCUUCUAUUUUUUUGCUACUCGCUGUAGUGUUGUUUUGUCUUUACAGGAGGAAAAACACGUGUGACAAAACAUGUCAGUGUAGAUGUAUAAGUUGAGAGUGCUUCUUGCGGCCACAAGUACCUGGUAGUCAAUAUCAGAUAGAUUCAAAUCCGUGUGUUCGCAAAGCACAGUGCAGGCGUGAGCUUCUAACAAGAGAAGCGCGCUUAUUCUAUUAAUUCCUGUUUGUUCGAUGUUUCAUUUGGCG